CCCCCGGUCUCCAGUAAAGUGGAGCAGCAGAAGAUCCAGCUCUGAUCAGCAGCUCCACACCUCUGUACUCAGACUGCUCUGCUGGAGGAACACCAUCAGCUCACCUGCUGCAGAAAUGAAUGCUGUCCUGUUCCAAAUCUUCUCUUGAACCCAGUGUCAACUUUCGUACCUGUAUGAAGUUUAGCUUUACUGAUACAAUCAGAAGAUUUUAUAAAUAUGAUAAGCUGCUGAAAGAAGAGAAGUACAUGGCAUCUAGGGAAACCUCCAAUAUUCAAACACCCUCUCCUUCACCUCCCACACAAAUGCAGAAAAGUACAGACAAGAAAACUCACCAGUGCUCAGACUGUGGGAAGAGCUUUACUAAACCGAGUGAACUCAAGCGACACCAGCGCACUCACACUGGAGAGAAACCGUAUCCGUGCUCAGACUGUGGGAAGAGUUUUAGUAAACAAUGUCAUCUCCAGCAACACCAGCGCAUUCACACUGGAGAGAGACCAUUUCAGUGCUCAGACUGUGGGAAGAGUUUUAGUUAUCGCAUUGUUCUGCAGCAACACCAGCGCAUUCACACUGGAGAGAAACCGUUUCACUGCUCGGACUGUGGAAAGAGUUUUACUACACAGCGUAACCUCAAAACACAUCAGCGCAUUCACACGGGAGAGAAACCGUUUCAAUGCUCAGACUGUGGAAAAAGUUUUGCUAGACAGAGUCAUCUCCAAGGUCAUUGGCGCAUUCACACUGGAGAGAAACCAUAUUUUUGUUCAGAGUGUUCAAAGAGUUUUAGUCAACAGAGUCAUCUCAAACAACACCAGCGCAUUCACACUGGAGAGAAACCAUUUCACUGCUUCGAGUGUGAGAAGAGCUUUAAGCAAUUGCAUAGUUUCCAGAGACACCAGCUCAUUCACACUGGAGAGAAACCAUAUUAUUGCUUUGAGUGUGAGAAGAGCUUUAAGCAACUAAGAGGUUUACAGAGACACCAGUGCAUUCCUACUUAAGAGAUACCGUGCCACUGCUUAGACUGUGGGAAGAGUUUUAAUGAUCGAAGAAAUCUCCAGCGACACCAGCGCAUUCACAGGAGAGAAACCAGUCUGUGCUCAGAUUGUGGAAAGAGCUUCACAUCCUCACACACACUAAAGAGACUCAGGUGCAUUAAGAAAAAAGUGCAGUGAUAAAACUAAAACCAUUUCAUAUAUUAUACCAUAUUCCAAAAUACAGGUUUCAAGAGAAAACUGUUCAUUUAAACCAUUCUGUAGCAAAUUUGUUAACCAAAACAGAAAGUCCAGCCUACAGUCCAUACAUUUAAAAUCUUCCCAACCCAAAUACUGUCAGCAGUGUUUCUACAGAAAAGUUUACAGAUUGAUGGAUGGUAUCCUAAAAGCCCAGGAAGAGUUUAUUGAAAAUUACAUUGAUGGUGUGGUGUUCCCCACAUGGGAAGAUUACUUGGUGCAUUUUAACAGGGUUCUGCAGAGAAUUAGACAGAGGCAAGACAGAACAUUUAAUGCUGCCAAGUGUACUCUGUAGGGCUGCAGCUAUCGAUUAUUUUAGUGGUCGGGUACUCUACUGAAAAAUCGAUUCGAUUAAUCGAGUAAUUGGAUAAAACAUAUUUGUUUGCUUAAAGAGUAAUUAAAAAUACACAAGAGAAAACAAGACAUUUCACUUAAUAAUGAAUGACAAAUUGAUUUCCUUUUUUAGAUAAGUUAUAUUUUUAAACUCACAACAUACAAACUGCAAACACAAUAAAUAAAGGAAUAAUAAUAGCUUAUUAAUUAGUACUUUAAUAAAUUCAGUAAAAUUAUUUUCAACAAGGAUUUCUUUUAAGUAUCAAAACUAUAGAGAAUUAAUAAAUAAAAAAGGCAUAAACAUUUGCAUUAUGUUGUGCACCUUAGCUUCUGAACAGCAGAGAUGUUGCCAGGUCGUCUCCCCAAGCUGGUGACAUGUAUUUGUUUAUAGACUCCACUGCGCUGUGUUUACUUACAAGCCUGUAAUAAGUCCAGAAUUGUCUGUUUUUAUAAACUAACCACAGAUUAGACAGUAUUUCUAAUAGCGCUCCACAGCGCUGUUGUUACCCGACCCAUAAACUGUCAUUAUGCCCUGCCCCAUAAACGGGCUGUUUAGAUAAGCAAAAUCUGUUUAGAAUGAUGUUAAUUAACACUGCAACACUGAAGGAGCACAGAACUAUUAUUUAAUAAAAAUGUGUAAGAACAGCUAAACUGCUGCCAGUCAACCGCGGACAAGUGGAGAAGCUCCCUUGUGCGUGCGCCCCAGAGCUGUAUGAUUAUAACAUUCUAAUUUGUGCAACUUUUUAAAACAGUUUGAUUUGUUACUUACAGAGUUAUAAUAGUUUUGAAUGUUUCAUUAUAGUUUAAUUUAAUUUUGUUUUUACUUUUUCUCCUCCAAUUCAUUAUUGUAAGUCGCUCUGCCAAAUGUAAUGUAAUGUAAAGUAAUAAUUCAGUUAGUUUUAAUUCGUUUUUAGAAUGGGUUUAUUAGUUUCUAUUAGUUUUUACAUCAUCACAUUAGAGCGCUCAAUCUGAGAAACACAUAAACAAACUCAAAAACUCAAUAAACUCUACAGAUUUUACUCAUUUUCACCAAAUUAUCAACUAUGAGACAGAAAGAGAGAGAGAGAGAGAGAUUUAUCAAUCCAUCCUCCCGCGCAGGGUGUUUAGGUGUAUGAGUUGCUCAGGUGUUCUCACAGCUGCUUCUCAAAUUGACUUAUAGCUGUCUGGUGUUUAUUCCACAUACUGUAUCUCUUGUUUCACUACUAAACGUGCUUUUAUCUCCAUCACACUCAUAUUCUAAUCUUAUACUGGAUUCUGCAGCUUUCUUUGCGUUUUCUGUUAUUAUUCCGCGGCUAGCACGAUUGCUAUAAAACAAGAGGUAACGCUGCAGACCGCAAGGUUACGUGCGCUGACGCUAUUGUGCCGAAUCUGACUUCCCGCAGAAUCCGGCUCCCCUUCAUGUGCAGAAUUGGCACAACACCGCCCGCUGUAAAACUGCUGUUUGGAAACAGCUAAGUGGAAACAGCGCUAAUAAAUAAAUUAACAAACAAAAACAAAGGGUAUUCAAUCGGUAAUUUCAAUUUGUUUUAGUUAGUUUUAUAAACUCUUAAUACAGUUCCAGUUAGUUUCCUUUUUUCCUCUUAUUUACAGUUUUUAUUAGUUUCAUUUAACGAUUUUUUUUUCUUUCAGUUUUCGUUAUUUUCUUCGUUUUCGUAAAGAUAAUACUUGGUUACUUGGCUAUAUUGUAAUUAUCACUUUUAUAGCUUUAUAUAAAAUAAAAAUAGCAUUUAAAAACAGAUGCCUAUGUCACAUUAUUUUUUGGAGCCCGACCCGACCCGGCCCGAGGAAAGUGGUGGGAAAUCUUGGCCUGGUUCGGGCAGACAAUCAUAAGCUCUAGCACAGAUGUGAGCGUCAAGCACAGCACACUCCAUGUUUAAUGACUGAAAAGAAGAUGCAACUGAAACUUGUCCAGGGAGCUAAACUCCAACAUGCAUUGUGACAUUCUGAAGCAGAGCAUGAACCCCUCCCUUCUGAAACUGGACAGCAGGGCACUUUUCCCAACAUAAUAAUGACCACAAGCACAUCUUCAAGAUGAUGAACUGGCCAAGUGUGUUUUUAAACCCAAACCCAACUGAGCUCCUGUGAGGCAUCCUCAAUCAUUAGGGGGAGGAUUGCAAGGUGUCUAACCUCCACCAAGAGUGGAAAAGGAUUCCAGUAGCAACCGGUGGAGCUCUGGUGAAUUCCACAUCCAAGAGGGUAAAGGCAGUGCUAGAUGUCACUAGUGGUCAUACAAAAUAUCAACACUUUUGUCACAAUUUGGACAAAUUCCAUGUGGAGUGUACUCAUUUGUGUUGCCAGCUAUUUAGACAUUAACGUCUGUGUUAAGUCAUAUUCAAGUUUAAUUUCCCAUGAAAAGAUAUAAUAAUGAAAUGUAAGAGGUGUACUCACUUUUGUUGGACAAUGUAUGUGUUAUUUUUAGGGCUGUCAUUGGUAAAGUGUUAACAAGCGCUGUUAAUUAAGGUACCAAGUUUAACCCCUACUUCCGCCGUAAUCUGCCAUAAGCCCUGUCUCCGCCCAACGCACUGAUCUAUUGUUAAAUGAUUGAAUCGCGUGCUCUUACGUGCCCAGCAGUAACACUCCGGUUCAGACUUCCGGCUCAGAACUGAUUAGAGAUCUCUCUCUCUUUUACUCAUACACAGGGGCGUUGCCUGGCCUGGGCUUCCGGGGCUUUAGCCCCGAAUAAAUUUCCAGUAGCCCCGAAUCGUUACGCUCAGCUCAGCUCAGCUGUACUAUUAAUAAGAAGACAGGCCACUGUCUGCUGUGAAUGGAAAAUCUCUUAAUGCUUAUCACAGAGCUGUGAUCAAGGAUGCUUAUCAAGGAUAAAGUUCCGCCUUUCAGGAGAAACAGCCAAUCAGCUUGCUGGUUUUGCGAAGCAGGGUGGGGUAGUAGGGAAGCCCCCACCCCUACAUAUCUGGAUAUAUGGCGAUUUUUCUAGAGGAGAAGUAAUGGAGCUAACCGUGUAAACUGAUGAGCUGGUUAAUAAGACUAGUCUCUGAAUCAAUACACACAGAUGAAACCCACUGUGUGCUUAAUAAAUUACAGCCUGUAACAGUAACUUUAGAAUUAGCUAGCAUAGAUAGAUAAAAAACAACUAAAUAUGUAUAACCUGAUGUAUCUGAUCAGCCAAUAACUAUUUCAUUUUCAAAUUUAGGACUGCAGGACUUACUCUAAGCUAUAAUUAACGAAAAUUAUUUAGUUAGCUAGAAGCUGGAUGUUGUGGAUAGCCAUAAUUUAGGACUACACUUAGUUUAAAUUAGUUUCUUAUCCCGGGAUGCGGCUGCUUUGUCAUGGAAAUCCAUUCCAUGAAGCGACAUGGAGUUUGGAGGUCUGAAGUGUUUGGCUGCAGAAAGUAAUUUUGUGUUUACAGGACGAGUUGCUCAAGUCUGACAAGGUCCUAACCUGGUCUCACCUGGGCCCGUCUAGGUCUCGACUGAAAACUACAGACAGGCAAGUUAAGAACACAAAGGGUGUUGGAACAAGAUGGCAGAGAACAAUGUUGGUCUUACAGAUCAGUAA